ACUUGUAGAACGGGUGCGACGGCAGGUUCUUUGGGUGUGAUUUCCAACUCGCUGACCUCAACUUGAGAUCGCAUGUCUGACUCAUUAUUCGCGGCUUAUUCUGCAUUAGAAUGUACAUAUCGUUACGCCGUGACCAUACAUACUACCGCCUCGAGGUGCAGCCUUGCGUAGUAUAAAAACUUUCAGUUCAUCAUCGAGUCCCCCCAAUCCACCCAGGGCCAUAAGAAGCGCCCUCGCCUUGUCACGUCCUGCGAUAACUGCCGUCUCAAGAAAAUAAAAUGUCUGCAGUCCACGCCCGAAACUCAAUGUGAAGCUUGCAAAGUUGCUAAAAUACCAUGUCGCUUUCGCGAUAGAGAACGAUACUUUGCGGAGCGCAGUCGCGCUAUUGCUGGCCCUUUGGCUGGCCCAACAUCCCAGCCCUACGAAAUGAACAAAGGCUUACCUGUACAGCACCUCAGUGAUCGGCUACCAGGCUCCACUCCAGAUCCGUAUAAACGUCUUGAAGGCAGCAUUUCAUCGACCAGCAACUUUUCGCUUCCCCCUACACCAUACAGUGCAACACCGUCAUAUCCACAUCCACAUCCUUCAUUCCAUCGUUCAUCAUCCUAUUCUCCAGCAUCUUCCGGUUAUGAAUCAGAAAACCAUGCACGAUAUCAGACAUACGCUUCAGAACAGCGUCGUACCAUUCCAGCUCAUCAAAGACACUCUCCUUCGGAUUCUAUUGUAAGCUCGGAAGACGACUCUCCUUAUAGCAAUUCAUCCCCUGGAUCAACAGUGUACCGGGCCUCUAACCAUUCUACACCAAUUAACGCCCACGUGCCUCGUCGAUCACUUCAAUUAUUUGACCCAGCGCACCUCCAAUGCCCUCAUCGAAACCUAAUGCCUCACUUCAUCCAACUGUUCUUUCAACAUAUGGGAACGCAGUGUACUUUCAUUGUCCACGACGAGAUAUUGGAGAAAUUCACCAAUGGGAGCUUGACGGCACUGUUAUCGAGCUGCAUAGCCAGCAUAGCUGUGAGGUUUUCAAAUGUCCCAGAAUUGACGUCAAGAGGACUUCAUAGUAUUGCCGAGGCUUACGGUGAUAAUGCCAAAAACAUACUUUCCGCAGUUGUCCAUCAGCCAUCUCUUGAUAGCCUCCAUGCUUUGAUGGUCCUUGCCUGGUCUGAAUAUAAGAACGGUAGAGCUCUUGGUUUUCGUGGUUAUUGCGAGAUGGCCAUGACGAUGGCCGUUGAUCUAGGAUUAUCCGAAGCAGGCGCUGUAAACUCAUAUGGUACUGACCAAGAUCACUUGCGUGUGACAUGGUCGAGCCUCGUUCAGCUUCAUUACUACGCUUCUUCCAUGAACCCAUAGACUAUUAUAAUAUCCCUUCAUAUCAACAUUAAUAGUAAUCGAGCACGAUAGCGGACACUAGCACAUGCCAUCUACACACCCUGUAUCUCAUGCUGCUGCUUCACACCCUCAGCGGUCUUUAGACGUGAAUGGAACAUUCAGAUGGAACCUACGCAGUGGAAACACCAAGGGCCUCGGUCUCGUCCUAUAUACAGAAAUACAGAAAGCCGUCCGGCCAUAUGCAGGAACCGGUCGCAGAAGUUGCUACGGUUCAUGUACAUAUGCAGUCUUCUCUGAAUAUACUGUUUCUGCCCGUUACGAGAUCUAAGACUCCACUGGACUGGUUGCACCUCAUCGAGGAAGAGAAAGCCGUGCUAUCUGAAUGUGCUGCGUUCCCCAUUCAAUGGGUUCUAUUAGAUACAUAUCGCUCGCAAGUUCUUUGUAACAGUGCUUUGAAGUUAUCACUAUCUAUCCUGUGUCCGUGGUAUCAAGUAAAGUUUUGGUCUUUAGGCAUGUGGAGUGAGGAAACGGAUCUUGUUAUGAUUAUGCUGUGCUAUGCAGUGAGUGAUAUUCAGGGCUUCGCGGUCCUCCCCGGGUUAUUUUAGUGUCUUCGCCUAUCAGGCUAUCUUUCUAUUGGCACUGUUUGCGGCUUCCGGGGAAUGCACUCACGUUAAGUCUAGCUACUUAGUAUUGGUUGUUCAUUGCCACGAUGCAGUACCGCCGCAUCACGGACGAAAACUGUCAUGAAACGCCCAGCGCCCCUAGACUCGUCAUGAUGGGGAUGAUCCUUAGAAGGUGAGAUGUUCAUUCCGGUACCGCAGCAUCGUCUGUGAACGGUUCGUUCUUCUAUGUGGGCCACGACACUCUCCUUGUGGGUCCAUCCUGUAACAUACCUCCAAUUACCG